UCUCCAUCCUUCCCCCACAGUCUCCCUCUCUCUCUCUCUAUAUAUAUAUUAUUUGUAUUUUAAUACUUAUCUUAAUUCUCCACUUUCAUCCCUUCCAUCGUCGACCACUCCAUCGAUAUAUACAAGCAGACAUUAUUUUUUUCAGGGGAAAAAAGUCCGAUGAAGUUUUCGAAGAGGUUGCGUAGUCUGAGCACCCAUAUAGAGGAGGUGCUUCCUGAAUGGGAAGGCAUGUUCUUGUCGUACAAAGAUCUGAAGAAGCAGCUCAAGGUGGUUUAUCCCAAAGAGGGUGAGACUAGCCGGCCCAAUAAACGGCAGAGGGUGGAUCAGGAAACGGAGGGUCAGGCUGGGGAUUCUUCGGCGGUGGCGCCGGUGGAUUUCGAGACCGUUUUGGCGGAGGAGGAGGCGCCGGAUGUGACGGAUUUCGAGACCCUAUUGGGGAAGGAGAUCGAAAAGUUUAAUGGUUUCUUCAUGGAUAAGGAGGAAGAGUAUGUUAUCAGAUUGAAGGUGCUGAAAGAAAGAGUGGCAGAUGCAAAUGAUUCGUGUGAAAAGCUGAUGAAAGUAGGUAGAGAGAUAGUAGAUCUUCAUGGAGAGAUGGUUUUGUUGGAGAAUUACAGUGCCCUUAACUAUACAGGGUUAGUUAAGAUUUUGAAGAAAUACGAUAAGUGUAGUGGCGCUCUCCUUCGCUUACCUUUCAUACAAAAGGUGCUCGAAGAGCCGUUCUUCAAUACUGAUGUACUCAAACAGCUAAUGCGGGAGUGUGAGACACUGCUGCGAGAUAACCUCAAGAAAGCCAUAACGGAGAAUAACGAGGAGAGGCCUCUCAAAGUCCCCGAGGAACUUGCUGAAAUAGAACACGUGGGGAAUAUGUACCUGAACCUUACGCACUCAGCGCUGCAGACCUUGGAGGAGAUCAGAAGCGGAAGCUCAACUGUGAGCGUGUUUUCUCUGCCACCUCUGCAUAGGACUGACAUGGACGAGGUUUGGAAGAAAUCUCAGGUCGUCGAACAAGCAGCGAAAUAGUCACCUCGUCCCCCCGAUUGGCAACUUGGGUUAUUACUUCUGCCCCCAUACAUGCUUUUCUGGAUAGGAUGUUUGCAAACAACAUUGCAGUACCCACAAGUGUAGGCUGCUUUUCUUUUCUUUUUUUUUUUUUUUCCCUUUUUUCGUAGCGAUUGUAAUCUGUAAUGCGUGUGUUUUUUUAAAGCUUCAUGUGGUUUUGAUACAAGUAUAAAGAAGAAUAUAUGGUUGCUUGUGCUAUCUUCCCUAUCUAGAUUGCUCAGGAUUGAGGCACAUCUUCUGAUUACUGUUUC